CCAGAACCGGUUUAAGGAAGGACCGGCGGCGGCCGUGGAGGAGGAUGGAGGCGGUGGUGUUCGUCUUCUCGCUCCUCGACUGUUGCGCGCUCAUCUUCCUCUCCGUGUACUUCAUAAUUACAUUGUCUGAUUUAGAAUGUGAUUACAUUAAUGCUAGAUCAUGUUGCUCGAAAUUAAACAAGUGGAUCAUUCCAGAACUGAUUGGCCAUACCGUUGUCACUUUAUUAAUGCUCGUUUCAUUGCACUGGUUCAUCUUCCUCCUCAACUUGCCUGUUGCCACUUGGAAUAUAUAUCGGUUCAUUAUGGUGCCAAGUGGUAACAUGGGAGUGUUUGAUCCGACAGAAAUCCACAAUCGAGGGCAGCUGAAGUCACACAUGAAAGAAGCCAUGAUCAAGCUUGGUUUCCACCUGCUCUGUUUCUUUAUGUAUCUUUACAGUAUGAUCUUAGCGUUGAUAAAUGACUGAAGCUGGAGCAGCCGUGGUGGAAGUCAGCGACACUACAGUGCACAGUUGAGGAGCCAGAGAUACUUACGUCAUCCUUAGAACCGUAACCAUAGCAGUAUAUUUUUUCCUCUUUGAACAAAAAAAAUAUUUUUGCUGUAUUUUUACCAUAUAAACUAUUUAAAAAAACA